CUGCCCCGCCCGCCCCCCGCCCGGCUCCGCCGCCCCCCGCCGCCGCUCAGCGCCCGGCCCCGCCGCCCGGCCCGGCGGCCGCAGCCGCCAUGGACACGGCCGAGAAGGAGUGCGGGGCGCUCGGCGGGCUCUUCCAAGCCAUCAUCAACGACAUGAAGAGCUCCUACCCCAUCUGGGAGGAUUUCAACUCGAAGGCCACCAAGCUGCACUCCCAGCUCCGGACCACGGUGCUGGCUGCAGUCGCCUUCCUGGAUGCCUUCCAGAAAGUGGCCGACAUGGCCACCAACACGCGAGGUGCCACGAGGGACAUCGGCUCCGCACUGACCCGCAUGUGCAUGCGGCACCGGAGCAUCGAGGCCAAGCUCCGGCAGUUCACCAAUGCCCUCAUGGAGAGCCUGAUAAACCCUUUGCAGGACAGGAUCGAGGACUGGAAGAAAACUGCCAACCAGCUGGACAAGGACCACGCGAAAGAAUACAAGCGAGCCCGCCACGAGAUCAAGAAAAAAUCCUCCGACACCCUCAAGCUCCAGAAAAAAGCUCGCAAAGAGCUGCUCGGGAAGGGGGACCUACAGCCCCAGCUGGACAACGCGCUGCAGGACGUCAAUGACAUGUACCUGCUGCUGGAGGAGACGGAGAAGCAGGCUGUGCGCAAAGCCCUCAUCGAGGAGCGGGGUCGCUUCUGCACCUUCAUCACCUUUCUGCAGCCCGUGGUGAAUGGCGAGCUCACCAUGCUGGGAGAGAUAACCCACCUGCAGGGCAUCAUCGAGGACCUGGUGGUGCUCACGGCUGAGCCCCACAAGCUGCCCCCCGCCAGCGAGCAGGUGAUCAAGGACCUGAAGGGCUCCGACUACAGCUGGUCCUACCAGACUCCCCCGUCCUCUCCCAGCAGCUCCAGCUCCCGCAAAUCCAGCAUGUGCAGCAGCGUUAGCAGUGCCAAGGGUGGCAUGGCGUGGCCCGGCGGGGCUCAGACCUGCUCACCCAGUUCCACCUAUCGCUACCGCAGCCUGGCGCAGCCCCCCGCCGCCGCCACCCGCCUCUCCAGCGUCUCCUCGCACGACUCUGGCUUCAUCUCCCAGGACGCUGCUUACUCCAAACCGCCUUCCCCCAUGCCCUCGGACAUCACCAGCCAGCAGAAGUCCUCCAGCUCAGCGUCCUCAGAAGCCUCCGAAACCUGCCAGUCGGUUAGCGAGUGCAGCUCCCCCACCUCGGACUGGUCCAAGGCCAGCCCCUACGACCAGCCAGUGGUCCCCACCCUGCAGCGGCGCAAGGACCGCGUCGAGCACCUGCGGGAGGCCGAAAUGGGCUCGUCCGCCAGUGGGUACCCGGCCAUCGGCGGCGAGGAUGCUCCCAGGCCCCGGAUGUCACCGGCGACAAUUGCUGCCAAGCACGGGGAGGAGGUGUCCCCUGCCGCCAGUGACCUGGCCAUGGUCUUGACCCGGGGGCUGAGCCUGGAGCACCAGAAGAGUAGCCGGGACUCUCUGCAGUACUCCAGCGGCUACAGCACACAGACCACCACUCCCUCCUGCUCCGAGGACACCAUCCCUUCCCAAGGCUCUGACUACGACUGCUACUCAGUGAAUGGUGACGUUGAGUGUGACCCCCAGAGCGACUUCGACAAGUCCUCCACCAUCCCGCGCAACAGCAACAUCGCCCAGAACUACCGGCGGAUGAUCCAGACCAAGCGUCCCGCCUCCACUGCCGGGCUGCCCACCGGCACCAACCUACCAACCGGCACCACACCAGGGGUGGCCACCAUCCGCCGCACGCCCUCCACCAAGCCCUCGGUCCGCCGUACCCUCUCCAACGCCGGCCCCAUCCCCAUCCGACCCCCCAUCGUCCCCGUGAAGACCCCCACAGUGCCCGACUCCCCCGGUUACACUGGCCCCACACGAGUGGGCAGCGAAGAGUGCGUCUUCUAUACCGACGAUGCCUCACCGAACCCCCUGGAUUUUGCCAAAGCUUCGCCCAAGCGGCUGAGCCUUCCCAAUACCGCCUGGGGUGGCGGUGCCAUGGAGAUCUCUGUCUACGCCGGCACCGGCCAGCACCUCUCCACCGAGGAAGAGGAGGACCAGCAGUUGGCCGCCAACCGGCACAGCUUGGUGGAGAAGAUCGGAGAGCUGGUGGCCGGUGCCCACGCCCUGGGAGAAGGCCAGUUCCCCUUCCCCACCGCCCUUGUGGGGUCUGGCCCCAGCGAGGAGACCCCUGCGCCCCCCCCCAGCGGCCUCCAUGGACCCCCCAGCUGAAGACAUGCUGGUGGCCAUCCGGCGUGGGGUGCGCCUGCGCAGGACCAUCACCAACGACAGGUCGGCCCCGCGGAUAUUGUGAUGAAGCCCCAGCCAGCAGGGAUGUGCCCACCCGACGGAUCCCCGUGGGCACCUGCUGCACCUCCCCAGGAGCUCCCCCACCCGCCGGCACCCACUGCCCCCGCUCUCUGCUCCUCUGUCUCCUUCCCGUCCCUCCUGGCCUUUUCCUUUCAUUGCACCUUUCCUUCACACAUUCUCUCUUUGGCUUUUUCUUUUCUUUUUCUCUAGUCUCUUUCUUCUCUUUUCCUCUUUUCCUCUUUUCCUGUUGUUGUUGUUGUUGUUGUUCUUCUUCUUCUUCUUCUCUUGUUUUUCCUUUUCUUUUCCUCUUCCUUUCCUCUUCUUCUCCCCUUUCCUUUUCCUCCUUUCUCUCUCUCCUUUAUUAAUUUUUUCUUUCAUUUUCUCUUUUCAAUUUUCUCUUUUUCCUGUUUUUUCUUCUCUUUUGCUCUCUUCUUGUCUUCUUUCCUCUUCUACCCUUUCUUUUUUCUUUUUUUUCCUAUCUUUAUUAAUUUUUUCUCUUUCUUUUACAUUCUCUUUUUCAUUUUUUCCUUUUGUCUGUUUUCAUUCCUCUCUCGUUGCUCCUCUUUCCUCUCCCCGGGUGCAGGCGGGUGUCCGCAGCCCCAGCCGGAGGGGUCAGUGCCCGCAGGGCCGCGGCAGGAGCAGCAGCAGGAGCGGGGAGCCCUGGCCCUGACCCCCCCCCGGCUGCCUGCUGGGGCCAUUGGGUGAGACAGGAGCCACGGGGAUGGGGGGGACACAGCACGGCCCCCUCCAAUCUUGGAGACACAGGGACUGAGGAUGCCAGACCUCUGCUUUUCCACCCCGGGGGAACAGUGGGGACCCCCCCAGUCCCUCCAACCCCGUCCCUCUGCCUCAGCACCCACAGACCCUGCGCAGGCUCCCGCUGAGGGGGUGUCCGGGGGACCAGGGGUUCACCCACACCCCCCAAAGUGAAGCAGCUGAUUUCUGCCGGCGGCUGGAGGAAAGCACAACCCCUGUCCCCCGCUGUACAUAGCCCCCCGCCCCGCUGUCUGUCGCAUCGCAGCCCCCUUUUCCCUCCCCGUUAGGAAUAACGAUCUAGUUCCCCCCCAGCCCUUCUCCUGCCCAGAACUGCUGAUGCCAAGUGACAAAUGUUUGGGUUUGGGGGAGGGAGGGGGUCUCUUAUUUUGUACAGAAAACAAAAAUUCCUUGGAAAAGAAAAAAAAAUCCAACCUGUCUUUCAACUGAAGUAACUUUUCUGGUGCUGUUGUUAACUUGAUCCUUUGUUCUUUUUUUUAAUUUAUUUCCCCUCGUGCUCCCGCCUCUGCCGCCGCUUCCCCCUCCCCAUCCCUCUGCCAGGUUUUUCUCUCUUUUCUUUUAUUCCCUCUUUUCUUUCAAUUUUAUUUUUAUUUUAUUUUAUUUUGGUGGUAAUUCCCCUCUUUUCCACCCGUGUCCCCCCCUCCAAUUUCCAUAGUCACUGCUACAAGUAACGAAUGCACUGUGAAGAUUCCAGUAUUAAUAAAGG